UAUAGUGUACAUUAUACCCAUUAGGUAUGAUUUAUUUUAUUGAUGUAGACUCCUUCCUGCUGGUCUCAGAUUGGCAGAAACCAUCGAUUAGCUCCCCCUCUCCCUUCCCCCCAUCUCUCCACUGCCUUUCAUCACUAGCAAACCAAAAGGUCAUGUUUGAAGAUCCUACUCUUGCCUGUCCACCCCCGACCUUCAGGUGCGUUAUAUCUGCAGGGAUGUACUUGUCCUUGGGUCUGAGCCCCAGGAGGCAACACAGUGAUGGGCAGAAGGAAUUGGAGUCAGUAGUCUCUUGUGGGAUACACCUCUUAAAAGGUAUAUGGCUUUAAUGAGAUUUUUCUCCUCCAGUCUGAGAAGAAAUCUCCAAGUGUUGGAAACCUGGCAUUUCAAAUAGUAUACAUUCCAAAGGAACUCAGCUGCGUUUCAGGACACGCUGACUGGCCCACCUUAGAUGCAGCCAUUUUCCUGAGACAUUUAAGAGAAAGGCUCAAUUUUUCACUCUAAUCUAGGGAGUAUGUCAUCCCUCAGAAAGAAUCUAAUAUGCUAUUUACGGUGAUGUUGUCUGCCAAAAUUACAGAGGGGUGGGUGUGUCUUUGAGGUGUGCUAGAAUGACAUCAGGACUUAAAAAAGAGGAAUAAUGUGUAUAUUCCACAUUUGUUUGUAAAACUCAAAGCAUCAAUUACUCUCUGCAGUGUUUUCCAAAGUGCUUUUUAAUUAGUUUCCUUCUGACACCCUACCUGUGAGAAAGGUUAAGUAGCAUUACCCUCCUUCCACAGAUGGGGAUGUGGAAACCAUGAGGUUAAUUGACUUGCCUUGGGCUCUACAGUGAGGCCAACCCAGCCGGAAAUUCCGCUGCUUGUCACUCCUGCUUUCCACUCCCCAGCUUGGCAGAGCCAGGGCUGCCUCGGGGAAGGCCUCAACAGGGCAGGAAAAGCUCCCAGCCAAGGAAAGGGCAUUUUGCUCAGCCAUAUUCUUGCAGUCCUCUCUGGGGACUGCUGAGGCAGAGAGGGAACUGGUCUCUUCAAAGUCAUAGUCCAAAAUCCUCCACCUAGAAACUGUUUCGCUGCCUUGAGCUAAGCUGUAGGAGUGAUGGAUGGCAGAAAUAAAUUAUUUUUGGCUCAACUGCUCAGUCUUGGCAGGGGGCCCUUUAAAUUUGAGAUCUAAACCUGACACCUACAAAAGAUUUAGGAAUCUGAUGUCAUUUUCUCCCCACAGUUCACAUGUUGGCCUUUUCUGUAGAGGGGUUUAUCAGUUAUCCCUGGUGCACAUAUCCGUGUUCUGUACAAUUCAGAUACUGUAAAACAUGUAAUUAGGACCACAAAGAUGGCUUCUACUAUAGAAGGUCCCUGCAUCUCAUCUUCCUGCCCCCAACAGACCUACUAAAGCUUGAAUCUUGGCUCACUGUUCCCAGCAAGGCAGCAGAUCCUCACUACGAAGCCAGGUUGGUGGUGCCAUUGGGGUCCUGGUCUUAGAUGUUACCAUACUUAAUGCUUCUGUUAUUCCUGUGUCUUAAAUGUACUUUGUACUUUUUCCUCUGGCUCUUUAAAGGCCUGCACAAAAUUAGCCAAAAUACUUGCAAGACUGCUGUGGGUUCAAGGAAAGCAAGCAUAAGAGUAAGGAAAACAUGGAUCUUUGAGGCAGCACAACUGGUUUAAGCCCCACUCUAUACAGCUUCCGAGCUAUGUAGCCUUAGGCUAGUGGGGUCCAGUUUUUUCAGCUGUAAUAAUGGGAAUAGCUACCUCAGUGUUAAACUAUAAAACCACACAAUAUAGACCAUUGCUUCCUAGACAGAAGCAGAUCAAGUUUUGGUCCAAUGAGAGCUGGCAUCAGAAUGAGGUUGUCACUGCUCUUCUGCCACCAAGACCACUCUCCUUUGCAUUCUGCUGUUUACCUUAAAACGAGGGUAUGGGGAUUGGGAGGGUGGAGUGGAGAUUUGCCAUCUGGGGCUUGGAAUUCUACACAUUUUCCCGGGAAAUCAAGGCUAGACAUGGUGAGGGGAUAAGGCUUGACUGCCAUGACCUUUCUCUUGUGUUUUGUCUGAGCAGGGAUCCCCAGUCACCUCCCUUGCCCUUUCCUUCCCGGAUGGAACAAGAUUAUCAUCGGGGUGUGUGUGAACACCAGGACUCAGAAGACAAAGGGAUGGGCUCCGAUUUUGAGAACUCUGAGGACAGGGAAGGGGACCCAGAAGAAAGAGAAAUGGGCUUUAAUCCACAGGACACAGACAAGAAAGAAGGCCACCCAGAGCUGGAGAUGGGCUCCAACCCACAGGACUCCAGGGAGAGAGAAGUAGUGCCCGAUGUUUGCACAGAGGGGCUGCUAAGUGAGGAAGAAGGGGUUGCUCUCCGGGAGGAAGAGGAUGACCAAGCUGGUGUAGCUGACAUGGGGAUGUUCCCAGGACUGUCCGAGUCAGACAGCAUAUCCCGGAGCCCCCGGGAAGAGGAGGAGGAGGAGGAGGAGGAGAGUGCUGGGGAGAACAGGCUAGAGGAGGAAGAGGAGCAGCCGCCCCCUCCAGUACUGCCCUGGAGGCGACACCUCUCCCUGGGCGGUCGGCACCACCGGGGUGACAAGACUGCCCACCGCCGCCUCCACCGGCUCCACCACCCCGUGGCCGUGGACCUCGGGGAGCUUGACAGCCUGGUGGCCAGCAUCAUGGACGCGCCCACCAUCUGCCCGGACUGCGGGGAGAGCUUCAGCCCGGGCGCCGCGUUCCUGCAGCACCAGCGCAUGCACCGCCUGGCGGAGGCCGCCGCCGCGGCCAGCCUGGAACCCUUCGGCUUCGCGGGCGAGUGCGGCGCCAUGGUGGGGAUGAUGGGGGUGGGCGUGGCGGGUGGCUUCGGCUCGGGGCCCGCGCUGGCCCGGCCGCCGCGGGAGAAGCCCUUCCGCUGCGGGGAGUGCGGCAAGGGCUUCAGCCGCAACACGUACCUGACCAACCACCUGCGCCUGCACACGGGCGAGCGGCCCAACCUGUGCGCCGACUGCGGCAAGAGCUUCAGCUGGCGCGCCGACCUGCUCAAGCACCGGCGCCUGCACACGGGCGAGAAGCCCUACCCGUGCCCCGAGUGCGGCGAGGCCUUCAGCCUCAGCUCGCACCUGCUCAGCCACCGGCGCGCGCACGCGGCGGCCAGCGGCGCGGGGGCGGCGGCGCUGCGGCCCUUCGCCUGCGGGGAGUGCGGCAAGGGCUUCGUGCGCCGCUCGCACCUGGCCAACCACCAGCGCAUCCACACGGGCGAGAAGCCGCACGGCUGCGGCGAGUGCGGCAAGCGCUUCAGCUGGCGCUCGGACCUGGUGAAGCACCAGCGGGUGCACACGGGCGAGAAGCCCUACAUGUGCUCCGAGUGCGGCGAGACCUUCAGCGUCAGCUCGCACCUCUUCACGCACAAGCGCACGCACUCGGGCGAGCGGCCCUACGUGUGCCGCGAGUGCGGCAAGGGCUUCGGGCGCAACUCGCACCUGGUCAACCACCUGCGCGUGCACACGGGCGAGAAGCCCUUCCGCUGCGGCCAGUGCGAGAAGCGCUUCAGCGACUUCUCCACGCUCACGCAGCACCAGCGCACGCACACGGGCGAGAAGCCCUACACGUGCCUCGAGUGCGGCAAGAGCUUCAUCCAGAGCUCGCACCUGAUCCGCCACCGCCGCAUCCACACCGGCAACAAGCCGCACAAGUGCGCCGGCUGCGGCAAAGGCUUCCGCUACAAAACGCACCUUGCGCAGCACCAGAAGCUGCACCUGUGCUAGGGCUGGGUCCGCGGGAGCUUGCCCUCCGGGAGCGCGUGGGCAGUAGGUGUCCCGGGACAGACCCUGGGGAAGGGGCGGGGGGACCAUUCUGGGCGUGGCUGGAGAGCCUACUGGUGUUAGGGGGUCCUGAAGGGGAGGGUUAAGAGUUCUUUCCG